UGGAACCGGCUGCCGGUCGCCUCCGCCAGAUCUGCCCCUACUGUGGGAGUUUCUACAACAUGGGCGCCAAUACAGAUGUUAGGCUACGUCGCGGGCGGGACAUACGGGUGGAAUUGCCCCAUAUUGACGUCGAAAACCGAUCUCGAUUCGGCGGUUUCGGAAACUUCAUGAUCAGCAGACUCAGCGGCCUCCACCUGCACGACAACAACAACGGCAACAACAACAACGUCAACGCCAACAACCAGAACAACAACCAGAACAACAACAACAACGUGGUCGGCCGAGAAGACCUGACCUCGAGCCACUCUGUCAACUCGGGCCUUCUCUCCGCCAUCAAUGAUUCGUCGGCCUUUCGAGUCGGGUCGGGGAGCUCCCUGCCGCCCAUACGGAGACAGGAGGUGGACAGUCGGCGGGGCAGCGUCUCCUCCAGGAGGGGCUCGGCGACCCUCAGAUCGGCCAGGAGCGAGGAGAGGCUGCCUCUGCGUCAGGACUCGCCGAGUACUAGCCAGAGACCCGUGUAUCCAGCGCGAACGACGAGGCGGGAAGAUUUCAUGCAAGAAGUAAGGAAAUCGAAGGAGACGAAGAAUUACACGGAGAUGAAGAAAUUCUACUUCGACACUUUCGAAUCCUACGCCAGCAUAUGUGCCACGUUCAAGCCUUCAGUCGUCCACAAGCACUUCCUGAAGGCGGUCAUCAACGCCCUUCUGCAGGAGCGACCUCACCUCUUCAGCAAGGACAGGGUGAGGGCGCUCUUCAUCCUCCUGCAGACGCCCGUGUUCCUGACGCAGUCCUCCUACACGGUGCUCGCUCACGUCCUCAGGAACAUCACGUCGCUCUCGAACGGCGACCACCAGCUCCUCGUCAACUGGUUCAGGACCCUGGAGGUUCCGCGGCUCAGGAUGAUCGUGGGCUUCGUCAUCCAGUUCAUCACCGUCAGGCAGUUCCCUCCGCCCGACCGCUCGCUGCCGCCCCUCAGCAAGAGCAAGUGGUGGAUCCCGACCGCGACGAAGGUCCUGGCGAUCAUCUACGCGAGCAACACGUCCUCCCAGCCGCCUCUCCUGCACUACACUGAGUUCUACAACCACGCCCUCGACCACCUGGACCUCAUGACGGAAUACAGGACGUGGCAACUGCCGGAGAAACCCGAUUCCUUCUCGUAUUGUCAGUAUCCUUUCAUACUGUCCAUCGUCGCCAAGAGGCAUAUACUGACGAAGGACGCGGAGCAGCAGAUGAUCCUGACAGCAAGGAGAUCACUGGUGGCGAAGGUGGCACGACAUCAGCCUCCUCAAAUUGACAUCUUCUUCCUCAACAUCAACGUUAGGAGGAACUGCCUGGUGGAGGAUUCUCUGAAGGAGAUCGCGACCAAGAAGAGGGACUUGAAGAAGAAACUCAAGGUGACCUUCGAGGGCGAGCCUGGCCUCGACAUGGGCGGCCUCACCAAGGAGUGGUUCCUCCUCCUCAUCAAACAGAUAUUUAAGCCCGAGAACAAGAUGUUCGUGUACCACCCGUCCAAGAGGCUCUACUGGUUCUCGAUGGGACAACAAGGAAGCCUCAGAGAGUACAACCUCAUCGGAGUGUUAAUGGGGCUGGCGGUGUACAACUCCAUUAUCCUCGACAUUCGCUUCCCCUCCAUUUGCUUCAGGAAGUUGCUGAGCCCCCCUGUGGUCCCCGCCUAUGAACACAUGGCCGUGGGUAUAGCGAAGGAGCCCAGUUUGGACGAUCUGAGCGAAAUUAUGCCGGAAGUCGCCCACGGCCUCCGAGAGCUCCUGCGGUACGAGGGCGACGUCGAGGAUGACAUGUGCCUCAGCUUUCAGGUUUCCCUCGAGGAAUACGGCCAACCGAAGACUUUCAACCUCAAAGAAAACGGAGAGACGCUACCGGUAACUAAUGAAAACCGACAAGAAUUCGUGACUCUCUAUCUGGAUUGGAUCCUCAACACGGCCAUCUACGAGCAGUUCAGAGCCUUUUACUUGGGAUUCCAUACGGUCUGCGCUUCGAAUGCCUUGAUCAUGCUUCGCCCAGAGGAGGUCGAGAUGCUGGUUUGUGGCACGCAAACCAUUGACCUGAACGAGCUUAGAAAAGUUACAGAAUACGAUGGUUACAGUCCUGAAUACCCUACGAUAAGGUGGUUCUGGGAGGUCAUCAACGAGAUGACGAUCGCCCAGCAGAAGCGGUUCCUGCUCUUCACGACCGGCAGCGACAGGAUCCCCGUCGGAGGCAUGGGGGAGAUGUCCUUCAAGGUCUCCUGCUGGCGAGGGCACACGCACAUGCUCCCGCAGGCCCACACGUGCUUCAACCAGCUCGUCCUCCCCCCGUACAACGACAAGGCGACGCUGAGGAACAAGCUCUUCAUCGCCCUGGACAAUGCGGAGGGCUUCGGCUUGGAGUGA